AUGCGGAGCUCAUCAGUCGUGAUACUAUUCUGUCAUCUCCAGCUGUGGAUCCUACCAUGGACCACGACCACGGCUUAUGAGUAUGAAAACAACUGCGUUCACUGCCCCGGAUACAUUGAGGGUUCCGCUCAGUACAAGGAGGCAGUCAUCAUGGGCAAGGUCAGAGGAACAGAGUAUGAUUAUUCAAACUUGCCUGAAUUCAAAAAGCUGUGUGACUCUGUGGCCUUGCUGGAUGGAGUUGACUUUAAUAACAUCUUUGAUCGAUUUUCCGAUGAACGACCUGCGGCAUUUGGGCGUUUCUUCCAUUUUCAUGGAGUUGUGGCCAACGUCAAGUUUGAAUCGGCAGGCAAUCAUGGAUUCACUGGUAUCUUUCAAGGAGCUGAGCAUGGAGUUCUCAGAUUCUCACCACUGGUGCCAUUCCUAAAAGAGUUGUAUCUGAUCAACCAUUUCAUGGGCACGUAUCUAUUUUCCUUUGGAGUCAAGUUCUUUCGGGAUGGCUUGCAUUCUGGAAACAUGAACACUGGUGACACCAGUGUCGGCUUUCGAAACAGAGCCCCUGGACGACAGUUCUAUGAUCCACCCAACUUUAACAUUUUUUCACGACCUGUUGACAACAUGAGUGGCCUAGGGGAAGCCUUUUCUCCAUUAUUUGGCGAAUUUGAAAAGUUUGCAGGUGUCUUGUCCCCUGUGGAUGCAGCAGCUUAUGACCAAUUUGGAAACGAGGCAAAUCCAAUUGUUGCCCCAAUCUACACACAUUUCCGGCCCAAUCCAGAGUAUCUAGAACGGUUUGGAGAUGGUAGCAUAGAUUUCCGGAAAUGGGUCACCAAAGAGGAUGCUGUAAGACCAGGAGAAGUUAUCUACUCUCUACACACCACGGUCAUGAAAGAUACAAGAGAAGCAUCUCUCUGUGCCAAUGAUGAGGGACAACCAUUGGGCUAUGAAGAGGAUGUCAGCAUAUACUGUCCAGAGCAGGAAGUCAUCCUGAUUGGAAAUGUUGUUGCGAAAUCACGUUUCUAUGCUUCCCAGUGGCCCGACGAUUGGCUCUUUUUUCAGCACCAUCGAAUGUGCCCCAAGGAUCAAAGUGUAUGUACUGCUGACAAUGACCCAACAACAAACUUACCCUAUGAUCCAGACACACUUGGACUUGGGAAUCCAGAUACAACCUACCCCUAUCAAAAUGCAGAGUUCUGCUUGUCAUCAGAUGAUACCAGCGGUGAGGUUUCCAACAUCCCACCCACAUGCCCCUUUGGAGCCAACUUUAUCAAGUCGGACUGUUACGAAGGUCAACAAGAACGAGUAGAAGCCGUCCAAAACCAAACUUGUCCUGCCAUGGAAGUGCUUGCGGAUUUCAUUCUCACAUUUGCAGAUGAUGCUGAUCUGUCCUUGCCUGCAUGUGACUUUGGCUUUACUGCCCUCAACACCUUUCUGACUGUCUUCCUAACCUUCACAUCCCCUGCGAUCCGAGGCUUGAUUGCCAUAUUUCCACCAUCCAAGUUUGUCAUUGAUUUUCUCUUUGGCUUGUUACCCUUUGGUCCAUAA